AUGGCAAAUAACAAGACACUAUGUUGUAUAUGUAAUGAAGAAAAAAUAACAUAUCCGUGUGAAGGAUGUUCAAAAAGAUUUUGUUUUGUGGAUUUAGAAAAACAUCGUCAAGUAUUAAACGAUGAAUUACAUCAUAUCACCAAUGAAUAUAAUGAAUUUAAACAAACAAUCAAUGAACAAAAACAAAAUCCACAAAAUCAUUCAGUAAUGAACCAAAUUAAUCAAUGGGAAAUACAAUCAAUUGAAAUAAUUCAAAAAAAAGCACAAAAUUGUAGAGAAAUCUUCAAUAAAUCAUUACCAACAUUUUUUAAUGAUAUUGAAACGAAAUUUAAUGAUUUAAAUGAGCAAAUAAUACAAAUUCGUAAAGAAAAUGAAUUUAAUGAAACUAACUUAAAUUAUUUAAGAAAUCAAUUAAUAGAAAUUACAGAGGAAUUGAAUAAUCCAUCAAGUAUUUCUGCUAAACAAAAUUCACAACGGCUUAUCAAUGAUAUUUCAAUUAUUUUAUCGAAAAAAUCAAAAUUCAAGAAAUGGAAACAAAAUGCCAUUACUGUGGCUGGUGGAAAUGAGAGAGGACAAGAAUUAAAUCAACUCAACGGCCCUGAAGGAGUAUUUAUUGAUAAAAAUAAAAACGUUUUCAUUGCUGAUUAUUUGAAUCAUCGUAUUGUUAAAUGGAAACAUAAUGCAAAAGAAGGAAAAAUCAUUGCAGGUGGAAAUAGGCAAAGAAAUCUAAUGAAUCAAUUGACUCAUCCAACAGAUGUGAUUGUUGAUCAACAAAACCAUUCGAUCAUCAUUGCUGAUCGUGGGAACAGACGGGUGAUCCAAUGGUUGAAUCAAAAUCAACAAAUUCUCAUUCAGAAUAUCUCCUGCUGGGGCUUGGCAAUGGAUAAACACGGAUUUCUUUAUGUUUGUGAUUUGGAGAAGAAUGAAGUGCAACGAUGGAAAAUGGGAGAAUACCACAAUGAAGGAAUUGUAGUGGCAGGUGGAAAUGGCAGAGGAAAUCAACUCAAUCAACUCGAUUAUCCUACUUUUAUUUUUGUUGAUGAAGAUCAAUCUAUUUAUGUAUCGGAUACAGACAAUAAUCGUGUGAUGAAAUGGAGAAAAGAUGCAAAAGAAGGAACACUUGUGGCUGGAGGAAAUGAUUAUGGAAGAAAUCUCAAUCAGUUGUAUCAUCCUCAAGGAGUAGUUGUGGAUCAUUUGGGUCAAAUCUAUGUGGCAGAGUGGGGAAAUGAUCGAGUAGUGCGUUGGUGUGAAGGAAAACAAGAAGGUGAAAUUGUUGUUGGUGGAAGUGGAAGAGGAAAUCAAUUAAAUCAAUUGAAUCAUCCCAGCAGUUUAUCUUUUGAUGAUGAAGGAAAUCUAUGUGUUGCUGAUUCGGGAAAUGAUCGAAUUCAAAAAUUUGAAAUAAUUUUAUGA